AUGAAAAAUGAAAAUAUUCAAGGAGAUUCAACUGUUUUUAUAUUAUUAAUCAAGGCUUGUGCAAAUAUUCGUUUUUUGUCUUUGUCUCAAUCGAUUGUGAAACAAAUUCCACCAAAUUUCCUUGCUGAUCACUGGUUGCAAAGAUCACUGAUAGAUAUGUGGGGAAAAUGUGGUUUAGUCGAUGAAGCACAACGAGUUUUCAAUCGAAUUGCUCAACCAAGUAUCGUCGCUUUUUCAGCUAUGAUCAAUGCUUAUGGUUUGAAUGGAAAAGGAAAACAAGCAAUUGAAUUAUUUCAUCAAAAGCGGAAAACAUUUUCAAUGAAAUUCCUUAUGAGAAACGAAUUGAAAGUGUCUAUGCCAAUUGAUUGUUUUGCUCGUUCAUUUCAAUUUGAUCGUGCACAGCACUUAAUUGACGAAUUUGAAAAAGAUCAUUCGCCUUGUCCACAUAUGUACAUGACAAUGUUAUCAAGCGCCAGAAAUAAAAAAGAUGCCGUCUUAGCUCAACAACUAUUCGAUCGGAUUCGUCUAUUAUUUUCGGAUGAAAAACAGAUUCUUUCCUCAGCAACAGUUGUUUUAGCAAAUACCUAUGGAUUAAGUGGAAAUUUAGCACGAACAUCAGAUCUUCGAACAAAAAUGGCGGAAUCUGGAUUGAAGAAAGUGCCUGGACGAUCAUCGACAAUUGUCAAUGGCGAAAUUGUGCACUUUUACGCGAAUGAUCGAUCACAUCCUCUUUCAGAGAAGCUUUAUCAUCAACUAGAUCAAUUAAAAGAUGAACUGAUUCAACAUGGAUAUCAAGUUGAUGAAUCUUGGGUCUCAAGACCAUUGGUUGAUGGUGAAACGAAUGAAUCUGUUCUAUGGACACAUUCCGAAAGACUUGCUAUUGCUUUUCAAUUGAUUCAAAAUCCUAAACCGUCGUUCAUUGAAAUCGUAAAAAAUCUUCGAAUAUGUCAGGAUUGUCAUACAGCAAUUAAACUAAUAGCUCAAAUUCAUCAAUGUUCCAUUGUUAUUCACGAUGCAAAUCGUAUUCAUCAUUUUGAUCUCACUGGAAAAUGUUCGUGUAACGAUUAUUUUUGA